GUUUAACAUGGUGAUUAUAAGAGUAGAGUUCAUUGAACUAAUUUAAAUCUCAAGGUAAUGAGGAGUCAAAAAUAUUUUCCUAGAUGUACGUUUGCUGCCACAUAUCUUUUUUCAACUUUUGAAGGGUUCUUCGGAUUCGCAUUAGAACCGGUCGUUCUCGGAUGCAUUUUGCAAUUAGGAGUUUUGUUUACUGCUUAUAUUGUAUAUUCAAAAUACAAAAUGUCGUAUGAAAACAUAUUGUUUGCUGAUGCUUAUGCUGUUAAUGGGACUCCUCAGGGAUCAGUCAUAAGUGAAACUAAAGAACAUUCUUUAUUUUUGACUAUCCACUUGAGCCCUAUUGCAUCUCCACAAGAAUGUUUGGAGUCUAUUGGACAUAUUGAGAGAUAUGUUAAUUCAAUUUGUCCAAGACAUUUGUGUCGUGAAGAUGAAAUUCUAUAUGGUGUCGGUUUCGGAUUUGAUUUCUUUCGAAAAAUCAGCCCCGAUUUUGAACACAAGAAAGUUGAACCCUUUCAAUAUCAUGAACGUUCAGGGGCUUUGGGUAGACUUCCUAAGACGGGCGGAGAUAUAUUUAUUCAUGCUAAGUGUAAUAAUUAUGGCAAGUUGUUUGAACUGACACAAGCCAUCAUUAAUAAUUUACCACCCAGAUCUGUAGACAGAUUCGAGGAUAUUUACGGAUGGGUUUAUCGUAAUGGGCGUGAUUUGAGUGGUUUUAUUGAUGGAACAAUGAAUCCGAGAGAUCCAGAUGAACGGGCAGAGGUAGCAAUCAACACAUAUACAGGCGGAAGUUAUGGUCUUGUUCAAAAAUGGAUUCAUGAUAUGGAUUUGCUUCGAUCAACACCAGAUAAUAUAAAAGAAAAAUGGAUUGGUCGAACAAUUGAACAUAGUUUUGCAUUACAUGAUAAAUCUAUUACAUCACAUAUUGCUAGAAUGAUUGGAUCUGCAGAAAGAGGUAAAUGGCCAAAAUUUCGUAUCGUUCGACAAUCUCAACCAUAUGGUACAUUAUCUGGUGAAGCUGGACUAUUAUUCAUUGCAUAUGCAGCUGAAAUAAAAAAUUUCAAUUUUAUGCUAGAUCGUAUGACUGGUGAUACUGAAGAUAGAGAAAUAGAUGAUGUAAUGCGUUUUAGUCAUUGUGUUACAGGAAAUUAUUGGUACUUUCCUAGUCAAGAAGAACUCACUCAUUUAGUUACUAUGGACAAACUAGAACCUUAACUCACAAGCUUAAUCAUAUUUUUAUAAAAUUAAUUUAAAUGGAUGAUCUAGUGAUUUUUCUUUCUUACUUAAACAAACGCUAUUUAGUAUUAUGACAUUCAGCGUUUGGUACACUUGUAUCUAACCUGAAAGUAGAUGAUGUGCUAUGGGUGUAGUGAACAAGAACACGAGUGGGAAUAAUCGGAUGUAUUUGAGCACAAAACUACAGAACAUCUCAAUACCUGCACUCCAGCGGCCUGCUGAGUCAUCUGCAUCUGAUGUCCGCCCAGCAUCCUCACGUCUCACCGCUCCUCUACGUCUACAGCACCCUCCAGAGCCAACGCUGCCAAGCCGGAAGACUACUCGAUGUCACCUUUUCGCACCAGACUGCCCCUACUAGCACCUCAACUCCAGGCCCGCAACGGCGUCCGCAGGACAGCGCUCCUCCCCCUCCUUGUUGUCAGCGACACUAAACGUAUUAAGCAGGAACUCGAGUGGGCUCAGUCGAAUGUACUUGGUGCUACAUUACAGAGUAUCUCACUGAAAUCUGAGAACCAUACAUUAAAUAGUUAAUUUGCAAAAUAUCAAUCAAAUGUCUCAAACUUGACUGUUUCUUCUGCAUAUAUCAGUCCAUUCUCUCAGAUUUCAUUGUUCAUACAGUUUUAUACCAACUGCCUUCUGUUCCUGUUCUUUCCUUCUCGAUCUUCUACUGAAAUACAUUCCGUCACUGACCGUCAUUAUAUACUACUUAUAUAGAUAUAAGUAGCUCACAUCACAGGGGUAAAUAUACUGGAAUGCCUGUAUGUACAGUGAUCUGAUAGUUAAACGAAUACGAAAAAAUCGUUAAGAUCAUGAGUCAUUUGAUUCUAGACCACCAUGGAAAACCUGGAAGCACUGGACGGCCGUUUCGUCAUAUUGUGGGACUCCUCAGUAGUGCGCAUCCACGAUCUCGCCCCUUGCGAGAUUCGAACCCAG